AUGUGGAUCAGGCAAGCCAUUGCCAAGAGCAAUUGCCGAGUCGAGGUAGAACGUGCGUGCAUCUCGGCAACAUCAGGAGAACAACCUGUUCAUAUAAAGCAGAGUUUUGGAAGCUUGAAGAAAGUGCUUCAGGCAGUUAUGUCUCAUCUAGAAGAGAUGAGAAGGAAACACAUUGAGAGGAAGAGUCAAUUUACGGAGGUUCUAAUACGAAUACAUAGUAUCCCAAAGGAGCUAAGCAGAUCCGCAGAAGAGAAUCCGUUAACAAUUGUUACCAAGGACAGCAAUUUGUCAUUGAACAGAUUAGAAGAUUCAUAUAUUCAGUUGCUAUCACUGCAAACAGAAAAAGUUUACCUAAUCUAUUUACAGAGUGAUCAACAGAAGCUGGUGCUCGGCCGUUUGAAUUCUAUGAAAUCUCUAUGUUUAGUGGUUGGUACAGAUUACAGUUUAAUUAUUCAUGAGAUUCAUCCAACUUUGGACGAUUCAUGUGGUACCAAAAGAUUUGAAGAUACAGAGCCUGAAAAGGAACUCCAGGGUAUGCAAAAUGUUCACAAAACUCCAGUGGCAAGUCCAAUGAAGAAUGUUUCCAGUUUUAAUGAAAGGGAAACUCCGAAAAUCUUGCCAAUAGCAAUGCCGGAAACUCCCUCAAUCAGCAUCGAUUAA